AUGGAUCGAUUACCAUGGCAUAUCGUCGACGACACUCUCUUCAGACUGGAUCUCAAAACUCUUGCGAAGAUGCAAUGCACAGAUAAAUCUUUUCGCUCACAUCUAUCCGAAGACUCGUAUUUUAAAUCUGAAUACAAUUCUCGGUUAGGAUCCAGUUUGUUUCACAUCCCUGUCGAGGGCGCUAGAUUGGUCCACUACCUCCCAUUUGUCGGUUCUACGUCACCAAGAGCCCAAGAAACCCUAAAGUUGAGAACCCAGAUUCUAGGCUCUUGCUCUGGCCUUCUCUUACUCUUCGGCCAAGGUCUCUGCGUCGCAAAUCCUUACACUAGGAAGUUUCGGUUCCUGGAUCACUCUAAGUCAAAUCUUUUCCCUAGGAUAACUGAGAGUGGUGAAGCUAUUGAUUGGGAACAAACGAAGUACAUAGGUUUCGCUGUUGAUCAGAUUGAUCGGAGAACUCAGAGAUUCAAAAUUGUCUGCGUAAAAGGUGGAUCUCUUCACUGGUUGAGAAACGACGGCAGCAUCUUGGCGUUCAACCUCGAAACAGAGAAGGCACUGCUGAUUCCAAUAAGAUUUCCCCAAGAACUGAGAGUGAAAACAUUGUUUGCCGCCGCCGAUAAUAAACUGACACUGAUAUGGCCGAGGGAGGAAGUAAUUUACGUUUACUCCCUCGAGAAUAUUCUCACCGAUCCCAAGUGGGUUCUAGUGAGGCAGAUAAGGAACGUAAUGGCGGAGGCAAAGAGACUCAUUUUCUGGGACGUUGUGGCUUACAACGGAAAGGUUUUAUUGUUGAGGGAGAAGAAUCAUGACUUCCCUGACGGAGUGUUUCAUCGGUACGACUUGAGAGCUAAUGAGUGGGGAGUAAUGGGUUAUAUUCCAAUGUGGUGCGGUACAAACAUGGACUUUUAUCUGUAUACACCGUCGGUCUAUUCAUCUGUGAUUGGAUUGGAUGAGAAGCUGAAGCCUUGUGAUGGUUACGACCGCAUCUCCUCUCUAAGCUCGAUUAUGGGAUUGGUGGUUGGAAUCUCAUCGGAGAAAGUGGAAACGCAACUUAGAAAAAGAUCGGUUCAAGAGGAAGAAACUAAAGUAAUGUUAAACAAGCAACGAAAGUACUAA